AGGGGAUUUGCUGGUGAGUGGGACCGGAACUGACGCUACAGGUGAACGCAAUGCUUUGGGAGUGUUGCUAUUUUCCAGGUGGUCCGGCUGACUGCGUUCAAGUUGAGAGCUUGGAGGAAAAGCGUCCGAAUCGUGCGGAGGACAGGCUCCGCUGUCUUUUCGCCGUGCCUGCGCUCGCGACUCAGAACCUCAGGGAGAGAAGUGAAGAACAGAACGGGGCGGAGAAGGCUGGGAAUUAAGAGUGUGGACUUUGAUAUUUGAGACUGAGGGCACCGGAGGGCGAGCGCUCCCCUCUGAUUGGCCGGUAGACGCCAUCAGGAAUCCACACAACUUCUUCGAUUGAAUCCCGGAAUGAGAUAACAAUAAACUUGCUGGACUUGCAGAGAAGGCCACGAAAAACUCGCUGCGGUGCCUCCGUAUUGGACUUCGCAUCCGGUUUCUCCUCCGGGUGUGACCUGCGUACCGCCGAGAGUUCUGGAGCCGGUGCUGCGAUCUCUUUAUCCGGGUCUCGCUGUUCCCGUCGUGCUUCGCGCACUACUGUAGCCCCCCCCCCCAAAAUCCGGGUUUUCUCCCGGCGUGCCUAGCGACGGGUUUGCUGGGGGGUACUCGGCAGUACCGCCAUGACUAUUCUCCCCAAGAAGAAGCCGCCGCCUCCCGAUGCCGACCCCGCCAACGAGCCACCGCCGCCCGGGCCGCUGCCCCCAGCGCCGCGGCGCGGAGGGGGUGUGGGCGUGGGCGGCAGUGGCACGGGCGUGGGUGGGGGAGAUCGCGAUCGUGAUUCGGGCGUCGUAGGGGCCCGUCCCCGGGCUUCACCACCACCCCAGGGCCCGCUACCUGGGCCACCGGGUGCUCUUCACCGCUGGGCGCUGGCCGUCCCACCUGGCGCAGUGGCGGGCCCUCGGCCACAGCAGGCCUCUCCACCUCCUUGCGGGGCUCCUGGUGGUCCCGGCGGCGGUCCGGGUGACACUCUGGGUGGAGCAGCGGCGGGGGUGGGCGCGGCGGGGGUGGUGGUGGGCGUGGGCGGUGCCGUGGGCGGCUGCUGCUCUGGUCCUGGGCAUAGCAAGCGGCGGCGCCAAGCUCCUGGGGUUGGUGCAGUUGGCGGGGGCAGCCCGGAACGUGAGGAGGUCGGUGCAGGCUACAACAGUGAGGAUGAAUAUGAAGCGGCUGCGGCACGCAUUGAGGCCAUGGACCCUGCGACCGUCGAGCAGCAGGAGCAUUGGUUUGAAAAGGCCCUACGGGACAAGAAAGGCUUCAUCAUCAAGCAGAUGAAGGAGGACGGCGCCUGUCUAUUCCGUGCUGUAGCUCACAGGGCUGACCAGGUGUAUGGAGACCAGGAUAUGCAUGAAGUUGUGCGAAAGCACUGUAUGGACUAUCUGAUGAAGAAUGCUGACUACUUCUCCAACUACGUCACAGAGGACUUCACCACCUACAUCAACCGGAAGCGGAAAAACAACUGCCACGGAAACCACAUUGAGAUGCAGGCCAUGGCGGAGAUGUACAACCGUCCCGUGGAGGUGUAUCAGUACAGCACAGAACCUAUCAACACAUUCCAUGGGAUCCAUCAAAAUGAGGAUGAACCCAUCCGUGUCAGCUAUCAUCGGAAUAUCCACUACAAUUCAGUGGUGAAUCCUAACAAGGCCACCAUUGGUGUGGGGCUGGGCCUGCCAUCAUUCAAACCGGGGGAGUACAACCUGGACGUGGUGGUGCGGGCCUGUAAUCCCAGCACUCCAGAGGCUGAGACAGGAGGAUCACCACGAGUUCGAGGCCAGCAUGGCUACAUAUUUGCAGAGCAGUCCCUGAUGAAGAAUGCCAUAAAAACUUCAGAGGAAUCAUGGAUUGAACAGCAAAUGUUAGAAGACAAGAAACGGGCCACAGACUGGGAGGCCACGAAUGAGGCCAUAGAGGAGCAGGUGGCUCGUGAGUCCUACCUGCAGUGGCUCAGGGAUCAGGAGAAACAAGCCCGCCAGGUCCGUGGGCCCAGCCAGCCCCGGAAAGCCAGCGCCACAUGCAGUUCGGCCACAGCAGCAGCCUCCAGUGGCCUGGAGGAGUGGACUAGCCGGUCUCCACGGCAGCGGAGUUCAGCUUCUUCACCCGAGCACCCUGAGCUGCAUGCUGAGCUGGGCAUCAAGCCCCCUUCCCCAGGCACUGUCUUAGCUCUUGCCAAACCUCCUUCACCCUGUGCACCAGGUACAAGCAGUCAGUUCUCAGCAGGGGCUGACCGGGCCACCUCCCCCCUUGUGUCCCUCUACCCUGCUCUGGAGUGCCGGGCCCUAAUUCAGCAGAUGUCCCCCUCUGCCUUCGCAGGUCUGAACGACUGGGAUGAUGAUGAGAUCCUAGCAUCGGUGCUGGCAGUGUCCCAACAGGAAUACCUAGACAGGGACUCGGGCAAGGGUGCCGAAGGUAGGCGACAGGCACAGACCACCCGACAGCCAGGCAAGCCCCAGAGGAGAUGCUUGGAAGAAAGUCUCCUGCCCGCUCUUCCUUCUGAGAUCAGAUCAACUUGUCGCCCCUCCCCUCACAGUUAUGUCAGGGAGUUGGGAAGAAGAAGUGAAAAAUUUCUUUUCCCAGUAUCCCAAGAAUGUCUGAGCCUUCAAUAUUGAAUUUUUCUUUAUUAAAAUGUACUUUUAUCUUAUAAAAUCAACCAAUCAAAUGAUGUAGACAGCAUUGGCUCUGUGAAGGUGGCAUCUCUGGUUUAGGGGCAGCAGGCUGGCCAUGGGACAUGGAGGGGCACACCGCUGUCUUCCGGCCUCCAGCUUCUUGGAGGUGGGCACAGGGCCUAGGAUGUGAGUCGGUGGGGAGCGGGGGGGGGGGCAGUUGUCAGACUGGCUUUUGACAAUGAGACCCUGACCUUGCUGCAUUCCUUUUGCUUCCACCACCACUAGUCUGGAAUCUUGAGGUGAGGGCGCUUGGGGGAUCAUGGCCGCCACUCAGGAGUGUAGGGAGUCGGAGGAGCCUUGGCAGAUGGGGCAUGCGUGCCCUGCAGGUGUUGACAAGAUCCAUCUGUAAUGUCCUUGGCACAAUAAAACCAAAUGUCAGUUUU